UGCAAAGAAAGCAAUCCAGUCUGUCGCAUUAUUUGUCUUCUAAAAUAUAUGUAUGACACCGAAGAAAUCUGGCUUCUCUGAAAGGCGGCAAGUACCACUGGCCAGAGAGUGCAAGUCCGCACAUCUGCAAUAAAUAUUCAUAUUUUCUCUCACGUGCGAGCAACCCGCCGUUCAUCCCCCGUUAGCGAGUGGAGCCAAGCUGUUCUUCUGCAUCCCACUCCUCGAUCAAGUUCCAGGCUUUUACUUUCAUCAAUCAUGACCGUUAAUCCGGUAGAUUAUUUGCUCUCGUGGUCCUCCGUAUCCCAAAUGCCACCGUAACAUCACCACGUGUCCCCCACCGUUGGGCCCCAUAUCUCUGCCCGCGUUGACACCCGAAUCACCCGUUGACCCCCCGGUCCCAUCUCCACGUGACUGCGGUGACUACAACGCCUCUCCUGGUUCCACGUAGCCCCUUCCUUCCGGUACAAAAUUUUAGAGCCAAGGAGAAAGAAAAAAAAAAACUAAAAAACCGACCCGGCCCCGACCCAACUCCACCCCAUCCUAAUCCCACCACCGCCACCACCACACCCACCACCACUCCCCAUUCUCCCCCUUCGCCCAAACCCUAAACCUAGCGGCGUUCGCCUCUCGAUCGCUCAACUUUGAACCAUGACCGGCAGUGGAGUAGUGGAGCGCCACACCCGCCCGCCGGCGCUGGCAGCGGCGGCGGCGGCGGCGAGGAAGCCCGCUCCCGGCCAGCCCUGGUCCCACUUGGAGACGGUCCACCUCAUCGAGGCCUACGAGGAGAAGUGGUACUCCCUCAAGCGUGGACAGCUCAAGGCCCAUCAGUGGGAGGAGGUCGCCGCCGCCCUCGCCGCCCGAUGCGGCUUCGACGGCCUCUCCAAGAACGGCACCCAGUGCCGCCACAAGAUCGAGAAGCUCCGCAAGCGCUACCGCGCCGAGCGCCUCCGCCCCAACCCCUCCGCCUGGCCCUACUUCGACCGCAUGGACCGCAUGGAGCGCGGUCCCCUCCCGAUCUCCGUCCGUCCCCCGGUCUCGCCCGCCGCCGCCUCCGCCGCCGCCGCCGCAGUUGGCGAGCCCUCCAGCGAGGAUGACGAGGACGAGGAAGAUGAGGAGGAGGAGCGGAUGGCGAGCAACACCAGGAGCAUCAACGGCAUCCUCCGGGAGGGAAACUGGGGGUUUUCUAGGGUUUCGAGGAAUCCCAGGUCCAGAAAAAGGCGAGCUUUCGAGGAGGAGGAGGAGGAGGACGACGACGACGAAGAAGAGGAGGAGGAGGGGAUGGGAGGGCGAGGGGAGGCGCUGUCGCAGCUGGCGGUGGUGGUGAGAAUGUUUGGAGAAGAGCUGGUGAGGAUGGAGAAGAGGAGGAUGGAGGUGCUGAGGCAGGUGAAGAGGGAUUGGAUGGAGAUGGAGGCGAAAAGGGCCGAGAUGGUUAUGGAAUCGCAGCAGUGCCUCGUGGACACCAUCGCCAAUGCUUUCUCUUCUGUAAAGAAGGCCAAGAAGUCCCAGGAUUCGUGAGAAUGCCAGAGAAGUGAUUUUCAUAUUUGAAAAUCAUAAUUUCGGGCAUCACAAAAAAAGCAACUUGAUUGUUGUGCCAAAAAGCUCAACCCCAAUCAUUUAUCAAUGAAAGAUUGCUCUAAUCCUGACCAAGGGGGGACAGGCCAGACGCCUUUGGCAUGUUAUCCCUGUUGAGGCACCAGCAACCGAUGCAGGCAAUGGGGCCCAACGCUGGAGUGUUUUCAGAAUACCAUGAGAAGCCACAUAGAAAAGAGAGUUCUUUCGGAUUAGGAUUGUCUGGAAACCAGGGAGUGUACGCGAUUUUAUUUGGAUAUCUGAGGAGCGAUGGUGGGAUGGCAGGUGGCGUUGGGUGGCUAGAGAGAAGAGGCCUCUCUCUCCCCACUUAAGCUAUCCUUUUUUUUCCCCCACAUUUUUUUUCAUAUAUAGCAUAUAUUUUCAUGUCACUUCCUCUCUUCUUUUUAUAGUUUGAGAUGACAAGGUGAGAGGUAUUUUGGUCCGCGAAUAGUGGAAAUGGCCAACCAUGUGUAUACGAAAAAGCUUCGGAUGGGUUCUACUCUAAGUAGGGCUGCAAAUGGGUCAGAUCGAUCCAUGAUCCGACCCAACCUGUGUAAGACCUGGUCCGAUUCGAAUUUUAGGAUCCGCGGGGUUGGUUUGGAUCCUAAAUUUGGAUCCGUUCUAUUUUUCGGAUCGGGUUGGAUCCGGCAGGAGGGCUUUGUUUGUGCAAUGUUGCUCGCAAGACCCUCUCCUCUGGCGAACCUGCGAUCGCCGUCUCUAACUGAAUGCUCAACUGAGGUCGUGUACAACAACCUUAACCGCACAAGCCUGGGCUGGGCCUACCCCCGUCCCUAGAGGAGUCGUAUGAGGCGGAAGCUCCACGUACGGUUUUGAAGCCGAGCCUUCCUCUCCGGACAAAAGAAGUGGUGGCUCAUGCCGGUGAAAGAAAAGAAGAAAACAACACUAAACUCAACUAAUAAGAUUCAAACUGUUUUCAAAAAACGACCUUAACCGCAAGGUCGGGGUUGAGUUGAUAAUUCGGGAGGAGCAUGCGGACCGCUUGCUUCGCAUACUUUUUUGCAUCAAAAACCUCAGGUUCGGCGGGGUAAAUACAUUAAAAAGGGACAAAUUUUAGCGGACGGUGCGGCUACAGUUGGUGGGGAA